UGAGAAAACCGGUAACAAACAUUACAUUUUGAUGAGUGCCAUCAUCAAAAUCACUGAUACACAUGAACUAUGUUGGUCAAGGUUCCUUUUAUUUCGGCCACUUCUGAAAACAAAUACUCCUCUGAUGCGAGAUCAAAUGCAACAGCGGCACGGCUCAUCAUGCUUUUAUUUUGAAAUCCGACACGCAAACUGAAGCAGUCACGUGACCCAGGCAACGCGAGGCACAGUUUGUUGUCAGUCACGUGGUUUUCAGCAAGCCGAAGCGGGGCUUCAUCUGACACGCCCCCUUUUUACUCGGUACAUUCCUCGAAGCCCGGCUUCAGAUCACUGCUACUGAUUCAUGUGUUCCUGUGUUCUCUGAAUUCAGAUGCAAUUUAGGAUUUUUAGCUGGCUGGGUGAGUGCGCCUAUGCUGCAUGUUGAAGGCUUACGUUGUUCCGCUUCUGUUUAUUCCUGUUCUAAAAACAAGCUUCUGAAGAAAUCAGUCAACUACUUGUUAGGCAAUUCCUUCCUUUGAAUCAGCAAAGACAACAAGAGUAUUACAAGCAUGUCCAGUAUGCAUUAAGAUUGGCAUUUUUUUAUGGCAUGAGUGUUCGUUUGUCCAUUGUACUAGACAAUUUGAUCAGUCGAUCAUAUUUUGAUUUAAAAUCAGUGAGUGUUUGUUUUAUUUGUUUUAAGUAUUCUAGAUAGUAGUUCCAGGGGUCCAGAGCACAAAACUUAUCAGAUCUCUCCAUUCUCUCUGUAUGUAGUGGCUUGUCAGUGAUAGGAGUUCAGUCCUCCUAAGCAGAUAAAUGUUGAUCUUGUCAAAGAUUACUGAGAGCUGCUCAUCAACAGACUGGAAUAAUAAAGAAAGAUGGCAGCGGCUGUUGGACUGUGGCUGCUGUUACUCGGAGUCUCUCAGGGUCUCUCAGCUCACUGCGAUGCCAGAAAUAAUGGAACUCAAUGUAGCGGGACUUUGGGAGAAACUGUGUUUCUACGGCUGAUUCACAACGCGUCAGGAAUUAAAAUUGACUUGUUAAAGGGGAAUGUAAUAUUACUACAAUGGAGGAAAAAUAUAACAGUUGCAAAUGAAAUAAAAGACAGAUUUGAUUUUAUACCCGAUAAUGGAACAUUCAGGUUAAACGACCUGAAACACAACGACAGUGGUGAAUAUAAACUUACAGUGUUUGAUUCAAAUGGGAAGAGUACAGAAAACCGGACUCUUCAUUUGUCUGUUCAAGGCACUUCCUCAUUGACAACUGGACUUAUCACUUCAAGUAUUUGCGUUGUUUUACUUUUCUUCAUCAUUUUAAUAGUCAUCUAUGUAUGGAGGAAAAAGCAAAAACGCAAAGAAACUGAAGACCUUACCGAUUUAACCUACGCUGUUGUCACAACAGUGCAGAAGCCAGCGAGGAGGCCAGAUAAGCAAAAAGAGGAAGAGGAGGUGGAGUACGGCCAGAUCAAGUCUGCAGGCUGAUUUCUGCUCUUUAAAACCGACAUCAUGAACUGAAUGUCAGUUCAAAUAAUGUAAAAUGUUCUGAGGACAGACGGAUGAAGAAGUUGGAAUCUCCUUUUAUUGUUAUUCUACAUUAGAAAAGCUUACAAACCAUUAAAGCUCAAAGUGCUGGAUGUCUGCUGUUUGCCACAAAUGUAUUUGAUCAUGGUGAAGUUUAAUUUGUUGAUGCUCUGCACUGAUGUCACCUAAAAUACUUGAAACAAGACGAUUUCAAAGUAGUUUUGCUAAUUGGGGAAACUGUGUAGGUUAGGUUUGGUUAGGUUUCUUUAGCACAAAAUAAUCAAAAAUAUUUUUGGACAGUCACAAUGAGGAUGCUAUAGAGUACUGUAAACCAAUAUAUACUGUGUUACUGAGAUGUUGUAUUGUAAACAGUUUAUUGUCUUUUUAUUGUUCAAUGUACAUUCGCUUUUUGAACUAAAAAAAAGAAAUGUUCCUACUCAGUUGCACAUCGCUUUGAUCAUAAGUUUAACGUGUUUCUAUUUUUGAUAACUUCACAGUAUUUUUUUUAUUUUAAAAUCUUGAACAAUGUGUUCUUGCCGUCUUGGCUUUUAAAAUAUUUUUUAACACUUUUUGAUAUUUUCUGUGAACCUACAUAUGAUACUGGUAUUGGACCUGAAUUUCUCCACUGUGAGAAAAUAAAUGCUAUAUUUAUAACA